AUGACUGAACUAAAUUAUGAAAAUUCUAUUUAUGACGAUCAAAAUGUAUUUGCUUCAACCUUAACACAAGCUCCUAUAAUUAGUUCUAUUUGCAAUGAUCAAGAUGUAUCUGCUUCAACCUCAAUACAAGCUCCCAUAAUUAAUACUAUUUGCAAUGAUCAAGAUGUAUCUGCUUCAACCUCAACACAAGCUUCCGUAAUUAACCUUAUUUGCGAUGAUCAAGAUGUAUCUACUUCAACCUCAACACAAGCUCCU